AUGUCCUCCACAGAAGACACCUCGGCGCACAAGCGCAACGCCUCGGCAACAAGCGCAGUCCAAACCACACCUCCACCCGCAAAACGCCUUCCUCCUCCCACGGCACCCUCCUCAGUCGCAGCCCUUCCCCCCUCACGCCGCGAAUUCCCCCACACCAUCGCCCUCGUCCUCUACAGCGACGGCGGCGCCGAUGUCGACGGCGCGGCCACCACGACAGUCAUGGGCGCUUUCGCCUCGCUGGCGGACGCGAAUGCCGAGGUGCGGAGGAUAUCGAGGGAGUACGCGCUGCGCGAGGGCGACGGUAUCCCGGAGCCCGCAGCGGACAACGCUGGUGCGAGGGACCCUGUACGAUGGAACGGUCCCGAGGGGAACUCGUGCUGGGUUGAGUUGCAUGCCGUGACGCCAAAGAGCAUCGUGCCGAAGAGCACGUCUGCGUCGCCGCAGCAGAAGCAGGGAGGCGAUCAGCAGCAGAAGAAGCUUUAUGAUUCUGAUGAGGGUGAGGAUCCUGAUCUUGAUGAUGAGUUGGACGAGGGGGGUCACUAUGACUAA